AUGCUGCUCUCGAAGCUCCUCCUUCUGCCCGUUGCAGUCGCAUCCUCUGUGACCCUCUACGUCUCCUCCGUCCCUGUCUCCUCGGAUGCCUCCAUCAUCCCAUCGCCCAUUCCCCUCGCACAGAUUGAGUACGAUGCAGACCAACCUAUCGGUACUCUAGCCUCAUACACCCCGCCGACAGGCUCAUACUCCCCCGACCAUCUCCUACGCGUCGGCCUCACAGACCCGAAAACAGGAUCAUGGCGCGGUAUCGUCACGUCAGCAGCCAACUUCGCGGAUCAGUACCAAAAGAAGUUCACUAUCCACGUCGAUGAGAAGGGCGAGCCAUUCCACGUAGGCUUUGGAACAAGCGCAAAGAGUAGUGCGAGUACGAAUGAGGUGGAAGUGGAGAUAACGACGAGGGCGGCUGGGCCAAAGCCGGUGUUGAAUAAGCCAAUCGUCUUGAAUGCGGAGGGGAAGUUGGAGUCGGCGGAGCCGGAGAAAUCUUUCCUGCAGAAGUACUGGUGGGUCGUUGCACUCUUCCUCGUCAUUCAGCUCGUUGCAGGCGGUGGAGAUGGGAAAUGA